AUGGAUGUACUGGUCUCAUCUCGUUCGACAGCUCCGCCAACGGACCUGGUGACUCAUUCGACCGACGUGUCGCCUGGAGGACAUGAGGCACGAACAGAUCGGAAGUCGACGGACUCACAUUCGUACGAGCGGUACAAACCCCCCGCGAGACGCAUCCUUGAUCAAGCCGUCGCCCGCCGUACACACAAGGAGUUGACCUCGUGUGUGCGCAACUCAAGCAUGUCAACAACCAAGUUGGCCAUGCAGGCACUCGAGGAACCAAAGAGGCACAGUACUCCCGAAUCGUCGGAAGUACUGACCUCUUCGUCCUCGACAGCUAAGCCUGUGUUGACAGCCCACAAGCCCGGCUCUGACGCGCCGACUCGGGGUACAUCAACUAGUGUCCGUUGCACGUACGAGGAGUCGACCUCGCGUGCACACGAACUAUCAAUAACCAAGGCUACUGAACGGGUACGCGAGAAGGCACAAAGGCCCAGUACUUCCGAAUUGCCAGAAGUACUAGCCCCCUCGUUGUCGACUGCCACGCCAGUGUCGACAUUCAAGUCCAGCCUCAAUGUAUCUACAUCGAGCCAUCCUGCGUCAAAUACUCGCCACAUGCACGAUGAGCCGACCUCGCGCAUGCGAGAUACAAUGGCAGAAGUCCCCGAUCCAACGAGGACUUCCACAUGGCCAAGCUCGACAACUGCGACAGGGAGUGAACAGCGAUGUUCACCCACUGUUGUAUCCUCAACUGCUCACAACUCCAAGGCCAGGGCGCCCUGCACAUACAAGGGUACAACUUCGCGCGUGCGUGAAGCAUCCACGGAGGCCGUCCAGGCUGGUCAUCGGGAAAGUACAAGCACACCGAGUUUGGUAGACCUACGUGAACGGCGACAUUCACGAGGACCAAGCACCUCGGUACACAAGCCAGAAUGGCCGAAGCCGGUGUCGAUGGCCAGUGCACCGGAUGACGUGUUCAGUGUACAAACCAUUGAUACAUCUUCGCCAGGAAAUCACUGGGAACCAGAUGACUUCGCCGAGGAACACACACACUGUCCCCGUGUUCUUCGGGAAGACUCCGCGCGACUCGAAACAACCCAUGCUGUGAGUACAGUGUUACCCCCGGUCAACAAGGGCCAGGCUAGUUCCCGUACCGUUCGGUGGGAGACGGUCGAAAGGGGGGAAGGGAGUGGCACGAAAAUUCGUGACCACUUGUCUGGAAUGAGUACCAGUACAUCAAAUCGCGAUGUACUGGGCUCGGAGAUGUUGUGUGUCGACAGUUCCGGGUGGCCAGCCGACGAAGCUAGGCGCGUUGAGUGCACCAGUUUCUUGGCUGACCGACUCAACGUCGACCUGGCGCGAGCUGCAGAUGUGAUGGGUGUCCACGACUGGAACUUAUGGGCCUUCUUCAAGGUCCGAGCCCUCAGCUGCGGCUAUGCGCUUGAAUGCAUGUCGCCUCGGACGGAGUUGUAUGCCCGUGCGGCGAGGCGAGCAUGGGACAACUUCCACAGGACUGUGGAAGUGCGACCUGCUUCCAUCGCCUAUGCACCAAUGUGGGCUGAGUUAGUGCCACUCGGAACCAUCCAGACAUGGGCUUAUGCUCGACUCUGGGGUGACAAGGUGGCCAGGACUCAGAUAGUGGUCCAUCAUCAGCCUCAACCAACUCGCGCGAGCUGGUGGGAUGACGACGACUAUGUCUCUGACAUCUCGUCGGGUCACUGA